AUGCAAAACCCCUCCUCUGCUGCCAAGAGAGCAGAGAAAGGCGACCGAGUUCCAAACCCAAACCGCAACAAUCCCAAACUGGGCUCCUCGAGGCUGGUCAGUUUCUACCUGGCCAAGCUGCUCCAGGCUGGACCCCAAACGCCCUCUGCCCAUCAGCUCCAAGGCGGGGCGGGGGUGCUGGUGGAUUUCUCUCCCCCCCCGCCCCGCCCCGCGUGCCCCUCAAUUUUCGUGUGGCAAGCCUCACCCCGCAACGAGCCCCGCUCCCCCUGCCAAGAAUGCCUCCUCUGCGCCCAUCCAGGCGGGGAGGCGGCGGGGGGGGGAGCUGGGUCCAGGACCGCGGGGGGCAGGACACGGGGGGCAGCCACCUCUCGGCUCCUCGGGGCGUCUUCCAACCAGGGAAGCCCCUCCGACUUUUGUGCCGGCGCAUCGGCCGGUGAGCCGCGCGGAGGGAAUCGGCUGCUGCGCUCUGCGAGGCAGUUGGGCGCCUCCGAGGCGGCCACGAAGCCCGCCGGAGCGGCACCCGCCAGCCCGCCCUCCCGCGCGCCCCUACCUGCCCGCGCCGCCGCCGCCCGCUCCGCGUCUGCUGGAAUGCAUGACUCGUCCCGGCAGCCCAGCCCGGCGCAGGAAGCCUCCUCGCCUCGCCUCUCCUCUCCUGCUGCUGCCGCUGCACAGACGUCCCCGGCGGCGGAGGGGGCGGUUUUUCAAAGAUGGAGUCUUUCCCAGGCCUACCUAGUGAUGCUGCCAGUGGUUAAACCUGGGACCUCCUUCAUGCAGAGUGGGUUACCUGCCACUAAACGACGGCCUCAUUUCCAUCAUAAAGCACCAUGGGAUGAAACGGGCUGGGAACUCAGCUGACGUCUGUUGUGUUUUUGCUGCUGUUUUGGUUUAGUUUUUUUUAAAGUGUUGUGUGUAUUUAGUUUUGUUUUGUGUGUGGCUCUUUUGAAUCGGCUUGUUGUGUGCUGCCUUGAGCCUCUCCAUGUUUGGAGGGGAACAGCAGGGUGCAUGCUUAAUAAAUAAAUAAAUAGAUGA